CAGGGGACCGCCCCAGCGCCCAUCGCAGUCGCGGCCAUGUCUGCCCAGUACGAGUACCAGACCGCCAUGGGCGCCAGCGCGGCAGUCGCGCCUCCUGGCUUCGUCAUGGAGCCGGUCGCGAUGCAGAUGCCGCAGGCGCCGGUGACGACGUACGCCGCGCCGGUCACGACCGAGCUGGGGCGGGCGCCCAUGGCCCCCAUCUACACCAACGCUCCGCCGGUGUACAUGCCGGCCCCCACCGCGACCACCUACGCCGCCCCGCCCGCGGGCGGCCUCUCCACCGUGUCGGCCAUGCCCGCGCAGCCGAUGAUGAUGCCGGUGCCGGACGCGAUGCCCGGCAUGGUGGAGCCCGUGAUGACGGCGCCCGUGCCCAGCGGCCCGCCGGUGCCGGUCAGCACCCACACGCUGCCACCGGUGCCGCAGAUGCCUGGCACCAACGUCAUGCCGGGCAACGUGACGCAGGUCUCCAUGCAGGCGCAGGUCUUCCAGGACCGUGCCAAUUGCUUGGUGACCGAGGUGCAGCCCACCACCACCACCGUGCGCGAGCUGGGGCAGGCCGUCUACGUGCCGGGGCCCACCUUCGAGCAGGACACCGCCCCGGAGAUGGCGUACGUGCGCACGCAGCAGUUCGAGGCCGGCCAGGUGCAGCAGCAGAUCGUGGAGAUCCCGACCAUCACGGAGGAGGAGAUCAUCCAGGAGAUCCCCGAGGUGCAGACCGUGGAGAUCAUCCGGAGGUGCCCCAGGUGAUCCAGGAGGUGGUGGAGCAGCUCGUGGAGCAGAUCGUGGAGGCCGCGUGAUCCAGCAGCCGCGCGCCAUGCACGUCGAAGUGGAGGGGCGCCGGCGCGAGGGCGAUCGGGAGUCGCCCAGGCUCACGUAACGGGAGUCGGCGCUAACUGGGGUCAAGCGGGUGCGAGCGAGGGGGCGACGUGAGAAGG